CUUUGCCAAAACAAUUAGUUGGAUUUAUGUUGCAUAUUUGGUGAUUUUUACAUCUCCAACAAAAAGUUACAAAACAACCGUUCUUCGCUAACCACCAAAAAUGGUGUCUUUUAUGUCGUCACUACACCUUUCCCUUCCUCCUCCUUCACAGCCCAGCAAAGCCAAUCUUCUACACAGCUUCAGCUCUCCAUUUGAGCUCAAACAAGUCCAUGCCAAUCUCAUUAAAACCAGCACUCCCCUCUCUGUCCUCCCUCUGCAGCGAGUGGCGUUGGUUUGUGCUCUUUCUUCUGAUCUCCCUUAUGCCCACCUCAUCUUUGAUCGCUUACAAAGACCCGCGAUUGUUCUAUGGAACUCUUGUUUGAAAUUUUUCGCAGAGAGUGAGAACCCAUUUGAUGCAAUUUUGUUGUUUUACAUGUUGCGCGAAGUUGAUGUCUUGCCUGAUUGUUUCACUUGCUCGUUUGUUUUGAAAGCGUGUACAAAGCUAAUGGAUGUUAUGAAUUGUAGAAUCGUUCAUGGGUAUAUAGAGAAACUUGGGUUUCAAUCGAAUGUGUUUUUGCAGAACAUGAUUGUGUAUUUGUAUGCAGUGUGUGGGGAGAUGGCUGAGGCUGGGUUGUUAUUUGAUAAAAUGCCUGAAAGAGAUGUUGUUACAUGGAAUAUAAUGAUUACCCAGUUUGUGAAAAGAGAGGAUAUUGACAAUGCAUACGCUUUGUUUGCGAGGAUGCCUGAGAGGAGUGUAAGGUCGUGGACAUCUAUGAUUGCUGGAUAUGUUCAGUGUGGGAUGCCAAAAGAAGCUAUUGAUUUGUUUAUGGAGAUGGAAGAGGCUGGGUUGAGGCCUAAUGAGGUUACUGUUGUGGCUGUGCUUGCUGCUUGUGCUGAUUUGGGUGCAUUGGAUUUGGGGAGGCGGGUUCAUGAGUACUCAAACAAGAGCGGGUUCAAGAAAAACGUAAGGGUUUCUAACACCUUGAUUGAUAUGUAUGUUAAAUGUGGAUGCUUGGAUGAUGCAAGGAGAGUUUUCGAUGAGAUGGGAGAACGAACAAUUGUGUCGUGGUCAGCCAUGAUCGUAGGUCUUGCAAUGCAUGGAGAAGCUGAGGAAGCUAUAAGACUAUUUUCUAUAAUGAUAGAGAGGGGGGUGAAGCCGAAUACAGUUACUUUUAUUGGCCUCUUACAUGCUUGUAGCCAUAUGGGGUUGGUUGAUGAGGGUCGUGGGUUUUUGGCCAGCAUGUCUAGAGACUAUGGUAUAAUUCCGCGGAUUGAGCACUAUGGUUGUAUGGUUGAUCUCUACAGUCGUGCAGGACAUCUUCAGGAGGCGCAUGAAUUUAUCAUGAACAUGCCUAUUAAGCCAAAUGGGGUUGUGUGGGGAGCUCUUCUUGGCGGAUGCAAAGUUCACAAAAAUGUAGAACUGGCUGAAGAAGCAAUUAGACACCUUGCUAAGUUGGAUCCUCUUAAUGAUGGAUACUAUGUGGUUUUAUCAAACAUUUAUGCUGAAGCACAACGGUGGGAAGACACUGCAAGAGUAAGACAAUUGAUGAGGGAUCGGGGGGUGAAGAAGACUGCCGGGUGGAGUUCAAUCACAGUAGGGGGAAUGGUUCAUAAAUUUGUCGCUGGGGAUGAGUCGCACCCUCAGAUUGAAAAAAUAUACAAAACUUGGAAAAGACUACUUUGUGAAAUGAAGCUGAGAGGUUAUGUACCUAACACUUCAGUUGUUCUUCUGGAUGUGGACGAGAAGGAGAAGGAAAAUUUCUUGUUCCAUCAUAGUGAGAAAUUAGCAUUGGUGUUUGGAUUAAUAAAUACUCCACCAGGAACUCCAAUUAGGAUUAUGAAGAAUCUCCGCGUUUGUGAGGACUGCCACGCUGCUAUGAAGUUGAUAUCAGCAAUUGUUAAUCGUGAGAUAAUUGUUCGAGAUCGGAACAGGUUUCACUGUUUCAGAGAAGGUUCUUGUUCCUGUAGGGAUUAUUGGUAGAAUCGACUUGUAAACUCAGAUUUUCUUUAUCAGCUUUGACGCAAACACAUCCAAUUGAGAUCCUGAUCGGUAAUUUUUUGCGCUUCUGGUGAGCCAAACGAGUAAUCGUUUUGUUGAGAACAUUGAAUUUGAAUAAAGAAAAUUUAGCAAUGCAAACUGUGAUCGGUUGUGAGGCUAUCUUUGAGACUAUAUACCAGUCUGUCUUCUCUACUUUGUCAGUCAUUUGUCUAAACUAGGCUAAUAGUUUCCUAUAGUUAACAUUUGAGAUUGUAGUUUAAUAUA